AUGUCGCCCUUGUUCAUAGCCGCAGCGUCCUCUCUGUCCGCGUUUCAAAUAUUUUAUUCUAUUACUUCGUCACAUUCGCUUCUUCUCCCCGAUCCCCUUCCGUCCCACACACGCACUCCCCUCCAUCGCUCACGCUUCCUCGCUCCAACGAGCACGCUCCCUCCCCUCCCGUCUCUUUUGCGCAAUCCCCAUUGUCGCGCACGCUCGCUUCCCAGGGUUGCGGAUUACAAAUUCCUUCCGUCGCCCACGCGCACUCCGUGCCCGCCGCGCGCACUCUCUUCCGCCACCCCCGCCCAAGACCUUCCCGUCGCCCACGCUCACUCGCUUCCCAUCGCCUUCGCGCAAUCGUUCCGUCGCCCACUCUCACUCACUUCCGUCGCCCGCGCUCACUCCCGUCGCCCGCGCUCACUCCCUUCCCGUCGCCCACGCUCACACCCUUCCCAUCGCCUUCGCGCAAUCCUUCGGUCGCACACGCUCACCCCCGCUCGUCGCACACGCUCACCCCCGCUCGUCGCACACGGCCAAUUCCCUUCGUCCCACGCUCACUCCUCCCCGUCGCGCACGCUCUCUCCCUGCCCUCAGGGAUGGGGUGGACGCGAGGUGGAGGAGUGGGGGCGAGUCGUCGUGCUGAGUCGGGGGCGCCGCGACACCGUGGGAGGCACCAUUUCUGCCCCACCCCUUUCCGCCCCAACCCCUUUCCGCCCCACCCCUUUCCGCCCCACCCCAUUCCGCCCCACCCCAUUCCGCCCCACCCCAUUCCGCCCCACCCCAUUCCGCCCCACCCCAUUCCGCCCCAACCCAGUCUGCCCCACCCCAUCUCCUCCCCACCCCUUUCCGCCUCACUCCAUUCCGUCUCAACAAGAUCCCCCUGGACAACCGGAAGCGCGUGCUACAGCUGCUGCUGUGCUCGUGCUACAGCUACGCGAGAUGCGGUGCUCUGCGCUGCUCUGGGGCUCUGCGGUGCUGUGCUGUGCUCUGCUUGACGCACACCCAUCCUCUCCUCUCCCCAUCCUCUCCUCUCCCCAUCCUCUCCUCUCCCCAUCCUCUCCUCUCCCCAUCCUCUCCUCUCCCCAUCCUCUCCUCUCCCCAUCCUCUCCUCACCCCAUCGUCUCCUCUCCCCAUCCUCUCCUCUCCCAUCCUCUCCUCUCCCCAUCCUCUCCUCUCCCCAUCCUCUCCUCUCCCCAUCCUCUCCUCUCCCCAUCCUCUCCUCUCCCCAUCCUCUCCUCUCCCCAUCCUCUCCUCUCCCCAUCCUCUCCUCUCCCCAUCCUCUCCUCUCCCCAUCCUCUCCUCUCCCCAUCCUCUCCUCUUCCAUCCUCUCCUCUCCCCAUCCUCUCCUCUCCCAUCCUCUCCUCUCCCAUCCUCUCCUCUCCCCAUCCUCUCCUCUCCCAUCCCAGGCGAGCAUGA